CUCAUACGGCAUAAAAGAACACACACUGGAGGGAAACCUUAUAAAUGUAACCUAUGUGGUAAAGCCUUUUCACAAAACAGUCAUCUCAUAAGCCAUAAAAGAACACAUACUGGAGAGAAACCUUAUGAAUGUAACCAGUGUGGUAAAGCCUUUGCACAAAACAGUCAUCUCAUAAGACAUAAAAGAACACACACUGGAGAGAAACCUUAUGAAUGUAACCAGUGUGGUAAAGCCUUUGCACAAAACAGUACUCUCUUAAGCCAUAAAAGAACACACACUGGAGAGAAACCUUAUGAAUGUAACCAGUGUGGUAAAGCCUUUGCAGAAAACAGUCAUCUGGCAAGCCAUAAAAGAACACACACUGGAGAGAAACCUUAUGAAUAUAACCAGUGUGGUAAAGCCUUUGCAAAAAACAGUCAUCUCAUAAGCCAUAAAAGAACACACACUGGAGAGAAACCUUAUGAAUGUAACCAGUGUGGUAAAGCCUUUGCACAAAACAGUGCUCUCAUAAGCCAUAAAAGAACACACACUGGAGAGAAACCUUAUGAAUGUAACCAGUGUGGUAAAGCCUUUGCACAAAACAGUACUCUCUUAAGCCAUAAAAGAAGACACACUGGAGAGAAACCUUUUGAAUGUAACCAGUGUGGUAAAGCCUUUGUAGAAAAUAGUUAACUCAUACGGCAUAAAAGAACACAUACUGGAAAG